CCGUGGGCACGCCAUAUUUUACCUAAAGAAUUGCGAAAAUCGCGUCGAAGUUGUUGAAAAAACGGGAUAAAAAGCCCAUAAACAUAAACUUCAAAGUGGAAUUUUGUGUGGGGUUGGUCUAUGGUCGCAUGUGGGCUAACAGUUGUAGGCGGUAGUUGAAUCAUUUCCAAUCGCCGCGAGUGGUACAGCCAAGUCGAAGAAGAAGCAGCAGCUUGACUUUGGCGCAGCGCAGCGAGUAAAUACAAUCCGAGACACAAAGACAGGGACAGGGACAGACAACAAAAUGAUGAAACAAACAAUAAACAAAAUCGGCAGCAAUAAACCGAAGAUGCAGUUCACGCCGGCUACAUCAUCGAUUAUUACAUACAGUCCCAGCAAAUUCUCAACCAGAGUUGAUUCCUCGGUCAACACAGGCACACAACAUCCCCACACACAUACACAAACACACACACACGUAACGACAGCAGCAGCGCCAACGGGCACAGCGAAAACAAAUAAAUCGUCAGUGGUCGGUUCACCCGCGUAUUAUGUGGUCAAAGCGGGGUCCUUGGGGCAGUGCCGCCUCGAUGUCAGGAGCAAUCAAAAUUAGCUCGCCACCCAAGGCCCCCACAGGAUCGAUCAGUGCAAUAAGAUCGCCCACACAACCGAUUUACAUCAGCCCCGGAUCGGUGACGGUAACAACGGCCCCCUCAACGCCAACAGAGAGUUCGAGCACCAUUUCGGCCCACAGUGAAUCCUCGUUUAGCGAGAAAAUGGAACACAGUUAUAUACGCGAAGCGCCACGCGCCGAGAUGUCCAACGGCCUGGCACCCACACGCCACAUCCUGGUCAACCAUCCGCCGCAGUGCACCAGCUGCCACACAUAUCCGCAGCAGGACCAGGAGCCAGAGCAGACCCAUGCGCCGCCCUACGAUGAGAUAUGCGCCAAGGAGAUGAUGAACGAGUGUGCCCGCAUAUCCAAAUAUGUGAAGAACAUUAAUUCCGAUGAUCAGGACUGGGUGGCACGCAUAAAUCAAUCUGCCUGGAGCCCCAUCCAAAAGACAUUGUUCGAGCGGGUGAGCAGCAUCCUCGAUCAGGAUCAGUUGGCGCGUCUGGCCAACGAUAAGCGCCAGCACGAGGCCGUGCAUCGUCGUGUGAGCGUGGACAAGUCGGCAUCCCGGAUGCGUCGGGCCUUGGGCAGCGUUGCCUGGGAUCAGCGCAUCACUCAGUGGCUGCACACACUGCUGAUGCAGUCCCUGCCGCCCUCGUACAUGGCCUCCUAUCUGGACAUGAUGCAAACGCUUAAAACCAAGCUGCCGACCCUGAUGGACAAGCUGCUGUUCAGUCGGCCGCUCAGCAAUAACCAGGAGCUGCUUGCGCCCGUCAUGAAGAAGCGUUGGGAGCCAAAUAUUCUGCCCAAGAAUCGUCAGCUGCCGCACAAUGCCAUCAUGGUGGUGCUGCCAAAUAUGCCCGCCAGCAGCAAUGUGCCAGAGCGCAUGAACAAAUGGUAUCGCUCCCUGGCUACUAUCUGUCAGGUCGUCCAGAUCACUUUGCCCAAUACGAACGAUAGGAUUGCCAAUCAAAAUCUGGAUCAGGUGGCCGAAGCCAUUGUGUGCCUGACGCGUGUCCGCAUCAACGAACUGCGCGCCGAGAAUCCAACACGUGGCAUCAUUCUGGUCGGCUUCAAUGCGGGCGCAUCCCUGGCCCUUCAGGUGGCCCUCUCGGAAAGCCUGGCCUGCGUCAUUUGCAUGGGCUUUGCCUACAACACAUUGCGCGGUCCUCGGGGCGCACCCGAUGACCGCAUUCUGGACAUUAAGACGCCCAUUCUGUUUGUAAUUGGCCAGAAUUCGGCACGCAGCAGCCAGGAGGAAAUGGAGUCGCUGCGCGAGCGUAUGCAAUCGGAAUCCUCGCUGGUGGUCGUCGGCAGUGCGGACGAUGCCCUGCGUGUGCCCAAGAGCAAGCGACGCAUCGAGGGCGUCACCCAAUCGAUGGUGGAUGCCAUGGUGGUGGACGAAAUCUAUGAGUAUGUGAACAGAACUCUGAUGGAUCCUCCGGGACCGCGUGUACCCACAAUCCUGCCCAGCCAAGGUACACAGCGCGGCCAGAACAAGCUGCUGCAGCAGCAACACGGCCUGGCCUACGACAAGGGAGGAGCAGGAGCCCAGCAGAAUCGCAAGCGUAAAGUGGACGUUGGAUUGAACGAGAGCGGAAUGCCGACUACCAAGAGCAAGUUUGUGCCACACAGCCGCAGGCCGAAGGCAUCGCGCCUCGUUGAUCCAUUUGCUCCAAAGCGAAAGGUUGGAAGACCUCGCACACGCCCACUGCCACUGCCGAAUGCAGCCACUCCAGCUGGCUCUGGCUCUGGUUCUGGCAUUCCCAACAAAGGUGUAACCGACGCAGAUACACUAAAUCAAUCCAUUGAAUUCAUACUAGAUGACAGUCUGGACAGCGAUGAUGCAUCAACAGCAACUGGAGGAUCCGUUGGAGCAGGAGCAGGAAUAUCUGCUGGACUAGUCAUACCCAAGGUGGCCACUGCCGGGUCAGGUGUAGGCAUCAAGUCGCACCCGACGACGGUUAACCUGGCAGCUGGCACCAAAAUCAAGAUGAUACCCUCCAGUCAGUUUAUGCAGCUCAAAUCCCUUACGCCGCAAAACAAACUGAUCAAUUAUACGAUGAACAAGCCCACCACAGCGGCCACCAUUGGCAGCAUUGUGAAGACUCUGCCCAGCACUACCGCGGGUGGGCAACAGUACUUCACCCUCAAGACGCCGACGGGGCAGACAACCAAGUUCGUGGCCACCGCAUCGCCAGUAGGAGCAGCAACCUCGGCAGGAGGAACGACGCCGCCACAACAAAAGUAUACGGUGUUCAAGAAUGCCAGUGGCAUGACCAUGCUGCAGUUGAACAAGAAUCAGGCAACCAGUCUGGAUCUGUCGAGCAUCAUCGAUAUGCCAAUUGUGUUUGCCGACAAUGAGGGGAACAUACCCGAAGGGGAGAAGGAUCCAAAGAUAGUGCCAGCCACACCCGGUCGCCAUCCCAGCGGCAAAAGUCCAAUCAUCAUCAGUCAGAAGAUCAUCAAGGAGGCCCCCAAGCCAAACAGCUCUCCGCUUGUCAGCAAGGUGGGCAACAACAUUGUCCUCAACAAGGGAAUCCAGCAGCUGUUCACCACCCAACAAGGCGGAACGACCACCACAAUUGGUGGCCACAACAAGGUGGUCUAUCUCAAUCGGAAUCAAAUGAAGCCGAUGGGCAAAAUGGUAACCACAGGCCAUCGCCUGCCCAUACGUAUUGUCAGCAGCAGUCCGAAGGGUGCCACAGCCAGUAGCAGCACUGGUAGUUCGCUUAUGUUGGAUACAGCCACAGGAUCCCUAAAGUCCAUGAAUGUGCAGACGAUCAAGUCGUCGUCGACAACAGCGUCGCCCCUGCCCACGGGCACACUCCGCCACACGGGCAACAUUAGCGUGGGCAACAAGACUUAUCCACAGUUUCAGGUGAUCAACAGUGGCAGCCCUGGAACGCAGACCAAGUCCACAACAGUGGGAGCAGACGGCAAGAUGCCCAUUGGGAAUGUGAGCAUCAAGUCUGGCACAGGCAUCAAGCAGGUUCCCGUGCUGAUGCUGGCGAAUCGGGCGUCCGCCGGAUCGUCCCCAGCAUCUACCACUCCGGGCGGCGCUGCCGUUCGCCGUGUCGUCAACAUUGGCUCUGUGGCCAAGCUGAGUCCUGGCCAGGCCUCCUCAGACUCGAAGGUUGUCAAGCUACAACCAUUGCCAAAGCAGAGUCAGAAGUAGAACUGGAAUGGCCCGAUAUACGCGUACUUUGUGCACUGAAGGAUCCUACAAUUUUGUAAAUAUUUAAGUACGGAUCCCCAAUCAGUUUUAAUGAGUUUUAAGUUUUAAUUGAUCUUUGCAAGCCCCAUGUAGAGUGUUACACAAUAAAAUGUUAUUUAAAUGUAAUAAAAAAAACACUAC